AUGUGCGGGGACGAGCGCAUGUGCGGGGACGAGCGCAUGUGCGGGGACGAGCGCAUGUGCGGGGACGAGCGCAUGUGCGGGGACGAGCGCAUGUGCGGGGACGAGCGCAUGUGCGGGGACGAGCGCAUGUGCGGGGACGAGCGCAUGUGCGGGGACGAGCGCAUGUGCGGGGACGAGCGCAUGUGCGGGGACGAGCGCAUGUGCGGGGACGAGCGCAUGUGCGGGGACGAGCGCAUGUGCGGGGACGAGCGCAUGUGCGGGGACGAGCGCAGGUGCGGGGACGAGCGCAGGUGCGGGGACGAGCGCAGGUGCGGGGACGAGCGCAGGUGCGGGGACGAGCGCAGGUGCGGGGACGAGCGCAGGUGCGGGGACGAGCGCAGGUGCGGGGACGAGCGCAGGUGCGGGGACGAGCGCAGGUGCGGGGACGAGCGCAGGUGCGGGGACGAGCGCAGGUGCGGGGACGAGCGCAGGUGCGGGGACGAGCGCAGGUGCGGGGACGAGCGCAGGUGCGGGGACGAGCGCAGGUGCGGGGACGAGCGCAGGUGCGGGGACGAGCGCAGGUGCGGGGACGAGCGCAGGUGCGGGGACGAGCGCAGGUGCGGGGACGAGCGCAGGUGCGGGGACGAGCGCAGGUGCGGGGACGAGCGCAAGUGCGGGGACGAGCGCAGGUGCGGGGACGAGCGCAGGUGCGGGGACGAGCGCAAGUGCGGGGACGAGCGCAAGUGCGGGGACGAGCGCAAGUGCGGGGGAAAACGCAAGUGCGGGGGAAAACGCAAGUGCGGGGGAAAACGCAAGUGCGGGGGAAAACGCAAGUGCGGGGGAAAACGCAAGUGCGGGGGAAAACGCAAGUGCGGGGGAAAACGCAAGUGCGGGGGAAAACGCAAGUGCGGGGGAAAACGCAAGUGCGGGGGAAAACGCAAGUGCGGGGGAAAACGCAAGUGCGGGGAAAAACGCAAGUGCGGGGAAAAACGCAAGUGCGGGGAAAAACGCAAAUAUGUGAAAAACGCAAAUAUGUGA